UCCCGCACCGCAGUAUUAAACGAGGCGAGGAAAAGAAAAGAAAAAAAAACCAAGCAACCCGUCCGCUCCGCUUCGCUCUCCGUCUCCGCCGCGUCGACUCACUCCAGCUGCUCCGGCGAGGAAGCCAUGAGGGAGAUCCUCCACAUCCAGGGUGGGCAGUGCGGGAACCAGAUCGGGGCCAAGUUCUGGGAGGUGAUCUGCGACGAGCAUGGCAUCGACGCGACGGGGCGGUACGCGGGCGACUCCGACCUGCAGCUCGAGCGCAUCAACGUCUACUACAACGAGGCCAGCGGCGGCCGCUACGUGCCCCGCGCCGUGCUGAUGGACCUCGAGCCCGGGACCAUGGACUCCGUGCGCUCCGGCCCCUACGGCCAGAUCUUCCGCCCCGACAACUUCGUCUUCGGGCAGUCCGGCGCCGGCAACAACUGGGCUAAGGGCCACUACACCGAGGGCGCCGAGCUCAUCGACUCCGUGCUCGACGUCGUCCGCAAGGAGGCCGAGAACUGCGACUGCUUACAGGGAUUCCAAGUUUGCCAUUCAUUAGGAGGAGGCACUGGAUCUGGCAUGGGCACCCUUCUUAUUUCUAAGAUUAGGGAGGAAUACCCUGAUAGAAUGAUGUUGACAUUUUCUGUCUUCCCAUCACCAAAGGUCUCAGAUACUGUUGUGGAGCCUUACAAUGCUACACUUUCUGUUCACCAACUUGUUGAAAAUGCUGAUGAAUGUAUGGUGCUUGACAAUGAAGCCCUGUAUGACAUAUGCUUCCGCACACUAAAGCUUGCCACCCCGACCUUUGGUGACCUCAAUCAUCUUAUCUCUGCAACCAUGAGUGGUGUUACAUGCUGCCUGAGGUUCCCUGGUCAGCUCAACUCAGAUCUGCGCAAACUUGCUGUGAAUCUCAUCCCUUUUCCUCGUCUCCACUUCUUCAUGGUUGGCUUUGCACCACUGACUUCACGUGGAUCACAGCAGUACCGUGCUCUCACUGUUCCUGAGCUAACUCAGCAGAUGUGGGAUGCAAAGAACAUGAUGUGUGCUGCUGACCCUCGCCAUGGCCGCUACCUCACAGCUUCUGCCAUGUUCCGUGGGAAGAUGAGCACCAAGGAAGUUGAUGAGCAGAUGCUCAAUGUUCAGAACAAGAACUCCUCAUACUUUGUUGAGUGGAUUCCCAACAACGUCAAAUCCAGUGUCUGUGACAUCCCACCCAGGGGGCUGAAGAUGGCAGCGACUUUCAUCGGGAACUCCACCUCCAUCCAAGAGAUGUUCCGCAGGGUAAGCGAGCAGUUCACAGCUAUGUUUAGGAGGAAGGCUUUCUUGCACUGGUACACAGGCGAGGGAAUGGACGAGAUGGAGUUCACCGAGGCAGAGAGCAACAUGAAUGAUCUUGUCGCUGAAUACCAACAGUACCAAGACGCCACAGCCGACGAGGAGUACGAAGAUGAGGAGGGGGAAGUGGAAGCUGAGGCGGAAUAGCAUUGAGCCCCGUUGUCGUUUACAGGUCCUUCGCUAAGGUUGUUUGCCCGUGAGUUUUGUGUCUUUGUGAUGCUGUGCUUUUUUUUUUCUUCUGACGUGCACGAUGGAUGGAUGGCUGGGUGAGGUUGCAUUUGUGCCGCAGUCCCGUUUUGUUCCGCGUCGUUGGUGGUCAGUAUAGCUGAUGGCUUGAAACCGUUGAGUGCUCUCCUUGAGCUAAUCAAUCACCUGUAAGUUCUGACAAGUAUUGGUAGUGGUUUUCUCUUUGUGAAGCUUCUGUUUACUUUCUUACUA